UCCCACGCUUGCCGUUUGGGCUGCACAACAUAUUUAGAACCCCCAGCACAACAUUCUGCACGCGAGCCACAACACGCAGUCUCCUCCCUACGCCUGACCACCUUCUCGACCCACCAUGGCGACGACGAUCGACGUGAAAGUUUUCGUGGACAAGGACAAGAGCAAGGUGCUCUUCGCGGAGUCCGGCAAGGACUUCGUCGACGUGCUCUUCGGCUUCCUCACGCUGCCGCUCGGCACCGUCGUGCGCCUCCUGGGCAAGCAGUCCCAGGCGGGCUGCCUGGACGCGCUCUACAAGAGCGUCGAGGAGCUCCCCGCGGCGUUCUUCCGGACCGACGCCUGCAAGGCGAUGCUGCUCGCGCCCAUCAACGGCGCGGCGAAGAAGUGCUGUAGUCUUAAGGUCAGGGUCGACGACACCAAGCACAGGGUGGUCUAUGUCUGCGGUGACACGAGCUGCCCCGCGCUUGCUGACGCCGAGUUUAGUUCCGUUCCUGGCGCUGUCUGUAAAUGCGGCACAGCCAUGGCGAAGAUGGCCGGGGAGAGGCCGGAGAGUGGUGGUGGUGGUGGUUCUGGUUCUGGGGACAGAGUUUUUGUCAGAGGAGAUGUGGAGUUCAUCAUCACCGAUGAUCUCCAGGUUGCGCCCGCGUCGACGUCUCUCAUGCUGUCCCUUUUUGACAAGUUUAAAGUGGAUGAUCCCUCAGGUCUUGAACAGAGGACUCUGGAACUUAGUUCAGACAAGAUACUUGGCCUGCUCAAGAGAUCAUUAAUCUCCAAGAACCCUUUAACUGGUCACUAUUUCGAUGUUGCCAUCGAGCCUGAUGAUGCAGGCAUAGAUUUGCUCCCCCAGAACUUGCAUCCUGAACAAGGAAAUGAUGCUGAACAGACGCUAAACAGUGUCAAGAUAAAGGUUCUUCAGACGAAGAACAACUCCUCGGUGUUGUAUGCUGAAGUCGGUGGCGACUUUGUGGAUCUUCUGUUUGGUUUACUGAGCAUACCACUUGGAUCCAUCAUGAAAGCAUAUGGCAAGUGCGCGUCGAAAGGAUGUUUCGACAAUCUGUACAGCAGCAUAGAUGGUAGCGCUGAGGGAUGCAUGAUACCGGAGUGCCAGGGCUUGCUGCUGUCCCCGAAGCUAGCUCCCUUCUUUGGCUGCAGCGCGAGCAAGAUACUUCAAGUUGAAGAAUUGUCUCCGAAUAAGCAAUCCAUCAAUGCCUGCUUCAAGUGCUUCAAGAUCGGUGGUUUCGCGAAUCUUACCCGUUGCCAUGAGCGACAAUAUGUGAAUUAUGGCUGGAAAUAUUUAAAUUGCCUCGUUGAUCCGAAGACAGCAAACCUUUGUGAGUUUAACCCGAAAUCGCCAAAGGGAGAAGAAAGUGACGAUGUAGAAGGAUAUGUAAAGCAGGGGCUUCAGAAUUUUAUGGUAACUGAUGAUCUGCGUGUUCUCCCUCUGUCCUUGGCAUGCACUCUGCAAGUUGUUAGGGAAGCAAAGAUUCAGAGGAAGGACCUCGUGGAGAAAGAAGUCACUCUCACAAAAUCCCAGAUGAUAGAGCUACUGAAGGCUGCGUUAGUGACUCGUAAAGCUCUCAGCACUGUGCUACUGCCUCGCAAGAAUAAGAAACUUCAUCACCACAGCACUGGCUUAUAUUAG